AUGGGUAAACGCUCGGCUUUUGAUGAUUCAGACGAGGAGGAGCAGUAUCCUGAGGAGGGGGCGCAAGGAACUCCCCAGCCAGAAAUGGGACAAGCACCCUCCGGUCAGAUGACGAGGGUGCGCGCGGAAAGUUCGAGGAAGAGGAACCCCUCGGGCCAAACCUCGGGCCAUCAGAAAAGAAAGCGGGGGGAUCUUGAGGUGGUGGAGGUCGAUCCUUUGUCCUUCAGUCUGCCCGCGAUUCAUGAGCUAUCCUCCAUCGACGAACUUUUGAAGGAGGGGUACGAGGAUCACGGGCGAGGGACAGGCCGGUUCGAGGGUUUGCCCGAGGAUUACGCUCUACUCACAUUCGACCCUCCACGGGUCGAAUGCGCGGGCUUGUCCACCGCUAGAGUGCCGCGACUGGAGGACGACAUGAGACAGGCGGUGAACUCCUUCGUGACCGAAUGCGCGGACUUGGAGGGACAGCUGGCUUCGGCCAGGAGGAAGGCCGCCAGUGAGGCCAGCAAAGCCAAAGAGGUGGAGACGCGGCUCUAA